AUGUCUGCCAAAAACGUGCAGGGAGGCAAGAAGAAGCCUGCCUCCCCGGCUGUAAACUUGAUAGCUGGUGGUGGUGCUGGUAUGAUGGAGGCCCUCGUCUGCCAUCCUCUCGACACAAUCAAGGUCCGCAUGCAACUUUCGCGGCGGGCUAGAGCUCCUGGUGCCAAACCUCGCGGUUUCGUCACCACGGGUGCUGAUAUCGUCCGAAAAGAGACCGCAAUGGGUCUGUACAAGGGUCUCGGUGCAGUUCUCGGAGGUAUCAUUCCCAAGAUGGCCAUCCGUUUCACCUCCUACGAGUCAUACAAGCAGAUGCUCGCCGACAAGGAGACAGGAAAUGUCACAAGCAAGGCCACUUUCUUGGCUGGUCUCGCUGCCGGUGUGACUGAAGCUGUUGCCAUUGUCAACCCCAUGGAAGUCGUCAAGAUCCGUCUGCAAGCCCAGCACCACAGUCUGGCAGACCCUCUCGAUACCCCCAAGUACCGCAGCGCACCCCAUGCCCUUUUCACCGUGAUCAAGGAAGAAGGAUUCAGCACCUUGUACCGUGGUGUCUCUCUCACAGCUCUCCGACAAGGAACCAACCAGGCCGCCAACUUCACCGCAUACACUGAGCUGAAGGCUGCUCUCCAAAGAUACCAGCCCGAGUACAGCAACACCCAGCUGCCCUCGUACCAGACCACCCUCAUCGGAUUGAUCUCCGGUGCUGUCGGUCCCUUCUCCAACGCCCCAAUCGACACCAUCAAGACAAGAUUACAAAAGACCCGUGGUGAGCCCGGUCAAUCGGCCGUGAGCCGUAUCUUGGUCAUCGCCAAGGACAUGUUCAAGUCUGAGGGUGCCUCGGCCUUCUACAAGGGUAUUACCCCGCGUGUGAUGCGUGUGGCCCCUGGUCAAGCCGUCACCUUUACCGUGUAUGAGUUCCUGAAAGGAAAGCUCGAGGCGUCCAACUGGGCGUUUGUGGGUGGACAGUACGAGGAAUAA